AUGGAAGAGGCUGCCGCUGAUGGCGAGGAAGAGAACCAUACCGAGGUCUUGACUAAUGGUCAUGGCACCAACGGCGUUGGCUAUCUCAUGAACAGGAACCAAAGACUGCACAAUGGCAAAACCUGCGACGAUGUAGCACCCUGUGCCAGCUCCUACGAGGAUGCUGUAGCCGUAGAUGUUGGCAUUGGUGUGCUCCCUCCGAUGUACCAGCCCGGUAUCAAGCCAUACCUCGGCAUCAAGAAGCCGUUCACCAUUGACGCGAAGACCAUGAACAUGAUCAAUGGUAGGAGACGGACGCCGGCCUCGAGUGCGCCAUCGCCCUUGACGAAUUGGAAAUAG